CCGAACUAUUUUCUACGGGAUUAGAUUCCUGAUUUAUUCAAAAUAAAAGUUAUGGGUCCCAGUUGCUUAGCUUCGCAGGAGUAACCUGGGCAUACCAUAAAGCUGGGUUUGCCCUAUUUUGUUUCAAAGCUCGUUUAUUAGGUUUUUUUUUUUUUAAAUUUUUUAUCCACCAUCAUAUCUUGAGCUUGUCCACCUCUCUCUCUCUUGCUAUACUCUUGAGUGUUUUUGUUCCAACUUUUAAGGCUGCAUGUGCUUGCAUCUGAUUUGUUGCCCUUGGAGCAGGCAGACACUGGAAGCAUGUUUCUUAAGGUACAGCUGCCAUGGAACGUCAUAAUUCCAGCUGAAAGCCUUGACACGAAAGGGCUGAUGCUGCAAAAGUCGAUAAUAAUUCGCCUCUUGGAUGACUUCUCCACAAAGAAGGCAACAAAAGAUCUAGGUUACUUUCUUGCAGUAACCACACUGGACCACAUCGGGGAAGGAAAGGUGAGACAGCACACAGGGGACGUACUGUUUCCAGUGCUUUUCAGCUGCGUCACUUUCAAGCCUCUCAGAGGAGAGAUCUUAGAAGGAGUCGUUCACAAGAUCUUGAAGCAUGGAGUUUUCUUGAGGAGUGGGCCCAUUGAGAACAUAUACCUCUCUAAUCAGAAAAUGUCUGAUUAUAAGUACGUGCCCGGGGAAAAUCCUAUCUUCAUGAAUGACAAGCUGUCCAAGAUUGAGAAAGACGUGGUGGUGCGCUUCAGUGUGAUUGGGACAAAGUAUAUAGAGGUCGAGAGGGAGUUUCAGGCGGUGGUUAGCUUGGAGGGUGACUUUCUUGGACCUGUUUCUUAGUUUAUCUCCUGUUCCGACUAGCCUCUGUGUAAACGUCUUAUGUUGGUAUCAAUGUUGUUCUCGUACUUGUUGGCUAGCAAUUAACUCUCAGUAGUUUUACUUGAAGAAGGCAGAUGUAGAUCGGGGUCUUAUCUUUUGUUUGCUCUUUGUAAUGGUACUGAACUGGGUGUAAAUUGGCUGUUUCAGUCUUCUUGUAUUCAUGUUCUUCUUGCGUAGUUGUUUUA